AUGGCGACUCGGGUGUUCGUAGGCCGGCUCAACUACGUCGUUCGCGAACGGGACUUGGAGCACUUUUUCCGGGGCUACGGCCGCGUAGGAGACGUCGUUCUUAAAAAUGGCUUCGGAUUCGUGAAGAUCGCCGACUACCGUGACGCUGAGGAUGCCGUGCGCGAUCUCAACGGCAAGCGGCUCAUGGGCAGGCGAGUCACGGUAGAGCUGGCGAGGGGCAUGCGGCGCUGGACUACUGACUACGAUAGCGGUUCGCGGCGUUGCGGGCGUCCUACACGCACCGACUACCAGCUGCUCGUGGAGAACUUGAGCAGCAGCGUGGGUCCGCAUGACUUGAAAGACUUCAUGCGUCAGGCGGGUGAAGUGACGUACACGGAGGCGCACAGUAUGCGACGCCACGAGGGAGUCGUCGAGUUCGCCAGCUAUUCUGACAUGAAGAAGGCACUGAGAAGUCUCGACAAUGUAAACUUGCGCGGACGGAGGAUCCGUCUUGUGGAGACCAAACGCCUGCAACGCCCCUCGAGCAGAUCCAGAUCACGCUCGAGGUCGCCGCGACGCUCCAGGUCCAACUCGAGACAGCGCCAGUCUUCUGGUCGCCGCAGGUCUUCGUCCGGCUCAGAACGCGCCUCUGCGCGUCGUCGGUCGCGCUAUUCGCCGAGGCGCCCGAGCAGCAGCAGGUCGCGGUCAGACUCCAGGUCGCGACGCCGGACUAACAACAACCGUCGUAGCCGUUCAAAGACACCGCGCUCACCGGCGAAGCGGGCCAGCUCACGAUCAUCUUCCGGGGAACGUCGAGUAAGUCCCCAUCAGAAUCGCUCUGGUACCGAAGAACCUGCGCACCAAGCCGACUGCAAAGCCCAAGAGGACAUCAUUGGUUCCGGUGAAGAAGCCAUAAGCUUGCGUUCACCGUCGAGACCCACAGAGUGA